GCUAGCUUAGCUGGACAACGUUGCUAGCUGUCGGGAGGGGAGCAUUACCAACAUUUACGAUUAAAUUAAUAGAUACCUAACCGUUAUAUUUAUACAUAGAAUUUCAAAUAGUAAAACUACGUUACCGUAAUGCUCGCUCAGUCUUUGUUAUCUGAUACUAUUAUAACUGUGCACGGGCUUUUUAGCUAAUUUAGCUAGCUGGCACGCGAACCUGUGUUGUUAGCAAUAUUGGUAACGCUAGCUAACUUUUAGCUACCCUUAAAGACGGCUUUGUUAUGAACUUUUAGUGGUUCCCUUCACAUUUAACUCGAGUUCUCUCUAAACUUUACUGAUUUAAUUUAGCGACUUAGCUGACUAGUUGUAAGCAUUUGCUAUCAGUUUAGCUAGUUUUGCAGCUUUUGUUUGAGCUGACAUGAAUAACCUAGUUAGUAGCAACAGCAGUGUGUCAACAAAAUGGGAAGAAGAUGCAAAAUGAGCUCCAAACGAGAGAUUGGACGAAAUAGAAUAGAUUUAACGCUACAUCCCACAGGAAAGAAAUUUCGGAGUAAGCCCCAACUGGCCCGUUAUCUCGGCAACUCCAUGGACCUGAGCUCCUUCGACUUCCGUACUGGCAAAAUGAUCAUGAGUAAACUGAACAAGAGCAGACAACGCCUACGCUACGAGCACAGCAGUCAGAACAAGGGUAAGCCUGAUUUAAACACCUCUCUACCGGUGCGACAGACCGCGUCCAUCUUCAAGCAACCUGUCACAAAAGUCACAAACCAUCCGAACAACAAAGUGAAGACAGACCCGCAAAAAGCUGUUGAUCAGCCAAGACAGCUCUUCUGGGAGAAGAAGCUAAGUGGACUGAAUGUGUAUGACAUAGCUGAGGAGUUGAUGAAGACUAUGGAUCUUCCCAAAGGCCUUCAAGUGUCCUCCACUGCAGGGGUCGGCCCAGGCUACUCAGAUAAAACGCUGCUGUCUGCCAUCGCCAGUGCCUUGCACACCAGCAGCGCCCCCAUCACAGGCCAGCUCUCUGCUGCUGUGGAGAAAAACCCCGGAGUCUGGCUCAACAGCACGCAGCCCCUCUGCAAGGCUUUUAUGGUGACCGAUGAGGACAUCAGGAAGCAGGAGGACCUGGUGUACAACGUGAGGAAGAGGCUGGAGGAUGCUCUCAUGGCUGACAUGCUGGCUCAAGUAGAAGAGACCACCAGCGACACAAAGUCGGUGAAGGAGGAGACCAACGGCAGUGAUGAAAUGGAGACACUAUAGCCACGAUUGCAGUAAUGUUCUCCUGUGCUGACCUACAGGAUAUUAACCAGGACAUAAAAGCUCAUGCUGUCUCUUUGAUGGAAAAGUAACACUUCCUACUUUUUGCAGUGACCCUCCAAUUGAACUAUGAAACUUUCUUUCUCACAGGCAGUUUCUAGGAACUUUUUCACCUUUUGUAAUUUUAUAAAAAAAAACAUUUUGGUUUGUUUUAAAUCUGUCCAAGUUGAUGUCUUGCCAUACUCCAACUACAUGUUCUCACAAGCACAGAGUAUGCGUUAAGUGCUAUCUGCAACGUGUCACGUGACCUCAUGAUGAGAGCUUUUUGGUUAGACUAUGCUAGAUAGGAAGUUUAUGCAACCCUGGGUUCUUGUCAAGUGAAUUGUCAACCUUGUGAUACGAUUAUACUCAUCGAGGGGGUUAUAAACUCAAUAACGGUUAGGACGAAACGUAAAAUAUAGGCAUACAGAUAGAACCACUCCCUGUCAAUUAACUCUGAAAUAGGUUGACAUCCCUGGAACUAAUCUUUUCAUUAUUGGUGCUUUUCUUUUCUGUUCUGCAGGUCAUUACUACGUUGUGUGUCGUUCUUCUUGUUAGUGAGUUUUAACGGCUAACAGUUAUACAGUUAAUAUACAGUAACUACAGUAAUAUAAGAAAUGGUGGCUCUAAAUUUUUUUAAACACUUAGUGUUAAACAUAUUCCCCUUAAAGUGCCAGACAGUGACGUGUUAAAACUCUAAAAUUAUUCAUGCGCAAAGGGCUUCAGGUGACUCCAGAUCAAGACUGUUAAUAAGGUAGUUCUUGUCCACAUUGCACUUAUAAUAACUACCAGGAAGAUAUUUCAUUUCAAAGAUCAUUUGUAGUGUACAGUCCUCUCUGCUUUUAUGAUUAUAACCAAAAAUGGUUCUGAACACCGUUUAAAAGGCAUUGCUUUCCAACACAUGACAUUUCUUCUCAAUUAUCAGGCUUUGUAUUUUGUAAAAUUGAGGCUAAAUGUCCAACAGGUUCUUGGUGGACAUUUUAUUAUUGCUGUGUAAAGAAAGUGUGUAUACUAAAACCAACCUGUUAUUUGGUGCUGCUUAUUCAGUAGGUCAUUUGUUUUCCACAAAUAUAGUGCUUUUUUUUUUUUUUUUUUUUUUUUGCGGAACCACAAAUUAAGUUUGUACAAAAAGCUAUGACUAGCAUUGCCAAAAGCUCAGGGCAGAUGUGGUGAGUCUGUUUAGAAUUACGGACGUUUAGUCAUCAUUAGACAAACAGAAAAUGAAAUGUUACUAUGCUAAAUAGAAUGCUGCUUAGCCACAAAAGGCAAGAGAGACAAAAGGUUGAAAAUGGGUACUGCUUUGUUGACCAACUCUGUUAUGAAAUCCAAUUCAUGAAUGAUGAUUAAUUCCCCUCGUCCAUGUCGAUGUCACAGUUUUUAGCAGGAAAUCUGAUUAAGGAAGGACUGUUUUUUUGUUGACUUUUUAUCAGUGGCCCGUAUUCACGUUUUAUAUGUAUACUUUUUGUGUGUGUGUGUGUUGGUUUUUUUUUUUUGGAAUACAAUUAUUUUACAUAUAAGCUGUUUGAUGCUGUCAAAGCUAAAUUAAAUUAGAUUUUGUAUUUUAUAAAGCUAGUUAUUUUGUCUGAUUGGGGUUUCACUUUUAAUAAAUGAAACUUUAUGCAGUCUUGGGUGCUUAAGAUGAUUUGUUUGAAAUGGGCUUAAUUUUGUACAUUUUGAGUAAUAAAAUGAAUCUUUUGAUCAAAUUAA